ACGUGUAACUCAAGAUGGCGGCUACGUUCCAGCGUUCGGCAGUGACCGAAGGUCACGAAUGAAGCAGGAAUGAGGUGAUCUUUAACAGGACAAGAUGAAGCGUUCAAGGAUGAAAGAUGCAAAGGACUUAACAGAGAAACAAUCAGAAGCAAACAAGGACAUGGCGAAGUGUUCCAUGCUGGGGGAUGAUUUGAAUGCUAGUAUUUCAUUCCAUGAUCACCAUGCAAGUGCCGAAGAAAAAUUGAUUAAGUCACAGAAGGAUUCAAAAGGGGAAGAAGGAAAAUUGACCCGAAAUGUAACACUCCUGCAAGGCGUGUCACUUAUUGUUGGUGUAAUGAUAGGUUCAGGCAUAUUUGUUACUCCACGUUUUGUCCUUCUGCAUUCUGGUUCGGUGGGAAUGACUCUUUUGAUUUGGAUUAUAUCUGGAGUGAUGGCAACUUUGGGAGCUCUCUGCUAUUGUGAAUUAGGAACAAUGAUUCAACGUUCUGGUGGUGAGCUAACAUACAUCCAGGAAGCUCUAGGGCCUCUUCCUGGCUUUCUUGUGAGCUGGACAAUGGUACUUAUUUUGAAACCAGCCUCUGUUGCCAUUAUCACAUUGAGUUUUGCUUCUUAUGCUGUCCAGCCAUUUCUUGGGAACAACAACACCGAACCUGAAGACCUCAUCAAACUUGUAGCUGCAAUCUCCAUCAUAAUAAUCACGACUGUGAACUGUGUGAGUUCCCGUUGGGCAGGUCAGAUGCAAAUAGUUUUCAUGAUAAUGAAACUCCUGGCAAUUGGGAUAAUAGUGGUGAUAGGAGCUUCAAGAAUUGCUAGUGGACACAAUGGAAACUUUGAGUCUCCCUUUAAAGGAACUAAUACAAACAUUGGAGAAAUUGCACAUGCAUUCUUUAGUGGAUUGUGGGCUUAUGAUGGCUGGAACCAACUCAAUUAUGUGACAGAGGAAUUACAGAAUCCUCACAAGAAUCUCCCUCGUGCAGUAAUGAUUGCUCUUCCUCUUGUCACUAUUUGCUAUACACUGAUCAAUAUAGCUUAUCUAAGUAUUCUGACACCAGCAGAAAUGUUGUCAUCCACAGCAGUAGCUGUAUCUGUUGCAGAGAAAGUUACACCCACCCUUGUAGUUGUUAUGCCACUGUUUGUAGCAUGUUCCUGUUAUGGUGCUGCUAAUGGCUCCAUUUUUACUAAUGGAAGAGUUGUUUGCUCAGCAGCCAAACAAGGACACAUGCCUCGAUAUUUAGCGGUUAUCAGCAAGCGUUUCCACACUCCAUUACGUGCUAUAAUGUUCCCAUCAUUUAUUUCCAUUUGCAUGUUAAUACUUGGUGAUCUGGAUUCCUUGCUGAGCUGUUUCAGCUUUGUUGCAUGGAUUUUCCUGGGUUGCACAUUCCUGUCACUUCUGGUUCUGCGCUGGAAGAGGCCACAUGAGUAUCGUCCCUACAAAGUGUGGAUUGGCAUUCCUAUUGUCAUGGUGAUGAUUUCGUGCUACCUUAUUAUUGCCCCUCUGUUUGCCAAACCUCAGUCAUCAUUGUUUGCUCUGGCAUUUGUUCUAUCUGGUGUACCAGUUUACUUUAUUUUUGUCAACCGCAAUAAUUAGCAUUGCUGAGGGAAAAGUGCAUCUGUUAGCUCAGUCAAGUAGCAAAGUAUCAAAAAUAUCAAAAAUAUCCAAAUGCUAGAGAGUUGUACAUUCAUUUGUUAGGCUCAAAGUUACAGUAGGUUGAGUGAAGUAAGGAACAGAAAAAUGUAAUUUUUUGGUCUUUGUGCGAUACAAAUCAAUGGUAACGCGAUUAACUGAUGACUAGUCAUAACGUAUGUUAAUCACUCACGAUUUGUAGCCGAAGUUUAGAUUAACGUAAUCAGAAUCUCCCUACAACUCAUGGCACGUCCUUCUUGGUAGUUAGAUUUGGAAGGAAAGAAAAUUGCAUGUGUUUUCAAUUGUGAUCUGAAUCGGCGAAUCGGGUCAUAUCGAUGACGUGAAUUGUUGUAAUCGUUACUUGUCAGUAAAAUAAUCGCAGACAUGAAA